GUGCUAAUGACAGAUUAAUUAGACUGAAAAAAUUCGUCCCACGAUCUCCAAGCGGAAUCUAAAAUUUAUUUUAUAAUUAGACUACGUUUAAUACUUCAAAUAUAUGACCGUAUGUAUCGAUGUGACCUUCCUUCCAAAAAUUUUUGGAAACUGAACACAACCUUAUAUAUAUAUAUAUAUACCGUCCCGUAGUCUAUCUUAAAAAAAUCGGCCAUAAACUCAUAAUAGACUCGUGUGUACUCUAUGGGACAGACACAAACCUGAACUCUGAAGGAAGCAUAACACGAAAACCCUGGACUUAUUAGCCAGGCUGCUGCUUCAUUCCCCUUUUAUUUUUCCCUUUCAUUUUUUUUAAAGCACUGGCCUACACGGAAUUAAUCAAGCAGACGGCCAUGGCUGGCUGGCCAGGCCUGCCUCGACAGUGACUGCAAGUGGGGCCCACCCCAUCGGAGUGAAUCCUCCGAGCUAUAUAUGCUUUUCCCUCCAACCAACACGUCUACCGCCCUUCUCCGCCGCGCGCCACCCGCUGCUGCUCUGCCGCCGCGCCGCUCUCGAAUCGGCUAAACCCUUCUCGGGUCAGAAGCACCACCCAGCCAUGGGAGAGGCCGCCGUGGAGCUGCUGUACGGCGUGCCGCUGCUUCCCCUGCAGGCGUCCGGCGCUGCCGAGGCCGCCGGCUGCGGCGCCCUGCUCGCCGAGCUCAAGCAACUGUGGGGGGAGAUCGGGAAGAGCAGGGAGGAGAGGGAGCGGACGGUGCGGGAGCUGGAGCUGGAGUGCAUGCGCGUGUACCGCCGCAAGGUCGACGAGGCCACCACCGAGCGGGCGCUGCUGCACCAGUCGCUCGCCGCCGGCGAGGCCGAGAUCGCCGCCCUCACCGCCGCCCUCGGCGCCGACAGCAGCCCGCAGCUCAAGGUGAACAAAUGGACCAUGUCACUGAACGAGCGGGUGUCAUCGGCGACAAACCUGCUGGAAGAGCUGAGGGCGAUGAGAGCAGAACGGAGCAAGCAGCUCACUGACAUCCGAUCAGAAAUCGACAAGAUAGCCACAGAGAUCUCAGGAAGGAGCUACGGCUAUGACAAUUCUCCGAGAGCCGGCGAGUUCGAUGACCAUGAUCUGACGAUCAGAAGGCUCAACGAGUACAGAGCACGCCUGUCCAGUCUCCAGAAAGAGAAGUCUGACCGGCUCCACAGGGUUCUUGAGCACGUCACCGAGGUGCACUCCCUGUGCGACGUGCUCGGCGAGGACUUCAUCGCCAUUGUCAACGAAGUCCACCCGGGGCUGCACGAGACGGCGGAUCCUGGCAAGCCCACCAGCUUCAGCGACAGCACGUUGGCCAGCCUCUCCCAGGUCGUGGCGAUGCUCACCUCGGAGAAGACCAAACGGGUGGCCAUGCUGCGAGAAGCCGUGUCGCCGCUGCUCGAGCUCUGGGACCUGAUGGACUCGCCGGAGGAGGAGCGGCGGAGCUUCAGGAAGGUGACGGCCGUUCUGAGGCCAGGGAGAGAGGAGGCUCUGUCCUCCGGCGUGUUGUCAGUGGCGACCAUCAAGAAGACAGAGGAGGAGGUCGAGAGGCUGACGAGGCUCAAGGCUGGCCGGAUGAAGGAGCUCGUGCUCAAGAGGAGGCUGGAGCUGGAGAACAUCUGCAGGAGCAUGCACGUCGAGCCUGACACCAGCACUGUGCCGGAGAAGUCCAUCGCAUUGAUUGAUUCUGGUCUUGUGAACCCUUCUGAGCUCAUGGCCAGCAUCGACGAGCAGAUUGCGAAGGCGAAGGAAGAGCAGCAGUCCAGGAAAGAAAUCAUGGACAAGAUCAACAAGUGGCUGAUGGCAUGUGAGGAGGAGAAAUGGCUUGAGGAGUAUAAUUUGGACGAGAACAGAUUCAAUACUGGAAGAAUAGCACGCCUGAACCUGAAACGCGCUGAAAAGGCAAGGCUUAUCAUCGCUAAGAUUCCAGCUAUGAUCGACAACUUGAUGAGUCGAACGCUAGUGUGGGAGAGUGAAAGAAACAAGCCUUUUCUGUACGACGGGUCUCGCUUGGUCGCCGUGUUGGAAGAGCACAAGCAAGCCAGGCUGAGACAGGAAGAGGAGAGGAGACGCCUGCGGGAGCAGAAGAAGCUGCGUACUCUGUUCAGCGAGAAAGAGACGAUGCCUCACCUGAAAAGGCCCGGCAGCAGCUUCGGCAGGUCAGCGGAGCCGUGCAGCAUGAGCCGGAAGAGGGUCGACGCGGCGCCGCCGUCGGUGCGCAGCAGCAGCGCUUCCAGCGGGAGCAGCGGCGGCAACGGGGCCGAUCUCUUCAGGCCACGUUCCUCGGCGGCCGGACCGGGCGCGGGGGCGGGGCGCUGCGGCGCGGCGCGGCGGCUCUCGGCGGCGGCGUUCAGCUACGUCGCCGUGCCCAAGGCCGGCGGCCUGUCGUCGUCCAUGCUGUCAUGAAGCACGUCGUAGCUAGGCGCGGCCCCCGUGUAGAUGAUAACACGAAACUAGCUGUCCUGAAACACACGCACCCUGCUGUUUUUUUUUCUUUUUUAGUUCUCUUUUGUACCGCGCGGAAGCUUCUAGAAGGAUCGUUCAUGACGACCGAUUUGAUUAUUGGUUACAGUCUUUCAGAAUGUUGUACAAAAAUCGGUGUAGUAUAUACGGUAUUAUGUAUUUAUGUUGUAUUCUAUUGGAAUUUGUUGGAGUUACGGAGAAAAGAGAUGGUUUUCACGCUGUC